AUGAAUGAGGAUGAAAACGAAGAAGAAUUUUUUCUUAACAUUUUCCGAGGGGGGCCAGGUAAACAUUUUUUUUCAGAAAAUGAGAAUUUUUUUUUAGAAACCAAUACACUUGAAAAUAAUAUAAGAAAUGAGUUUUUAAAAAAUAUAGAGAACCCUUGUUUUUUAUCUAAACUAUGUGAAUUAAAAUAUAAAUUUUUAUAUGAUUUUUGUGUUAUAAAAAAAAAAGAAAUUCAAAAUAAAAUAUGGAAAGAUAUAGAAAAUGUUGUUAAUAAUUUAUGUGAUGAAGAUGCUAUUAAUGUGUAUAAAAAUUUAAUUAAACCCUCCAAAAAAAAUGAUGAAAAUAUAUUUUUGGGUUAUAUAGAUAUACACAAUAAUAAUGGAAAAACAACUAAAGAUGAAUUUGAUUCAAAAUAUUUAAUAAGAGACAUAAAAAAUAAUAUGAGAUCAAAUUUACCUCAAAAUGUAGAUUUAGAAAAUAUAUUAUGGAAUAAAAUAAAUUUAAAUAAAUAUAAAAAAUUUAAAGAAAUAAAUAAAAAUAUUAAUAUAUUAUGGGAUAUAUAUAUAAAUUAUAAUUUUUUAAAUUUAUAUAAAUGUAAAAAUAAAGAAAUUGUAAAAGAUAUAUUAAUAAGUCUAAUAAAAAAAGAUAACCAUUUAAUUAAUACUAUUCUAGGAAAUAAUAAAAUUAAAUUGUCUAACAUUUUAAAUAUAUAUAAAAGAGAUAAAAUUGAAAAUACCCAAAUUAAAAUACCAAUUCUAAAUACUGAACCAGAUGCACACAAUGAAAAUAACUCUGAAUCACCUUUUCAUUUAGAUGCUGAUUCAGUUGUUGAACAAACUCAUGACAUAGUAAAAGAUAAUUUAAAUAAUAUAAAAACUGGUCAAAGCGGCCAGCCAAACGGGCAGUCAAACGGUCAGUCAAACGGUCAACCAAACGGCCAGUCAAACAGCCAGUCAAACGACCAGACAAAAUUACAAGAAUCGAAAGAUGGUUCAAUUAAAAAUAUGGGUUCUUUAUUUUCCCCAACAUAUAAUUCAAAUAUAAUUUUAAAAACAAAAAAAGAUAUUUUAAAAAAAAUAAAAUCAAUGAAAAACGAAACAGAAAAUGAAAAUAAUAUAAUACAUGAAUUAUUAUUAUAUUCUAUUAAAGGAGAAUUACAAAUAAAAGUAAAAAAUAUUGUUAAACUUCAUCAGGUCGGGCAAGGUGCAUAUGGUGAUGUAUGGAUGGCUGAAGAUAUAGAAAAUAAUAAAAGAAUUGCUUUAAAAAAAUUAAAGCUAAAUGGAAAUAAAGAAGGACUAGCUAAAACAUACAUAAGAGAGAUAUCUAUACUCAAUUCAUUACAACAUAAAAAUGUUGUUGAACUUAUUGGCGUUAUUCGUACAAAUUUGAUUCCAGAAGAAAAUAAAACACAUAAUAUUUUAUACAAUUUUGAAAAUAAAAAUCAACUUUUAAAUUAUCAAAAUGUAAAAGAUAAACCCAUUGAUUCGUAUAUGAUGCCAACUUCAGUUUUAAAAAAGAAGUUAGCCAACGAUAGGCCCGUUUCUCAAAAUAGGCAAAGUAGCGAAAGUAGCGAAAGUAGCGAACGUAGCGAAAGUAGUGAUAGCAGCGAAAGUAGUGACGGCAUUUCUUGUGAUAGCGAUUCUCAUUUGUGUGAUAAGAAUGCAAUGGAGAAAAAAGUGAAUGCAUGUGGUUCUAUUUGGAUGGUCUUUGAAUACGUCCCGUUUGAUUUAUCUGGAUAUAGUGAGCUGCUUCGAGAAGAACGUCAGCAAAAAGAUAGAUAUAAAAAUAUGAAUUUAUUUACAAUAGGUGAAAUAAAAAAUAUAAUGAUACAGUUAUUCCAAGCACUAGAAUAUUGUCAUAAAAAUAAUGUAAUACAUAGAGAUAUAAAAAUAGCAAAUUUAUUAAUGGAUGCAAAUGGUAUAUUAAAAUUAGCUGAUUUUGGAUUAGCUAGAUUUCAUAUAGAUAGUUUUGCAUCUAACAUGACAAACAGAGUUAUUACUUUAUGGUAUAGACCACCAGAAUUAUUAUUAGGUUCAGAAAAUUAUUCAGCAAGUGUAGAUAUGUGGAGUUGUGGAUGUGUUCUAGGAGAGUUAUUAACAAGUAAUCCUUUAUUUACUGCUGAUAAUGAAUCAGAUAUUUUAAAAGUUAUAGUAAAUAAAAUAGGGUUACCCAAUAAUAAUGAUUAUAAAAUUUUGAAAAGAUUACCAUUAUGGAAUAAAAUAAAAUUUAAUCCAAUACAUCCAAGUAAUAUCAAUAAUUUAAAUCAAACUAAAAAAAUAGAAACAGAAAAUAUUAUAAAAAAUUUAAAUGGUGUUGGAGAAAUCGGAUUAGAUCUUUUCAAAAAACUCUUAAAAUGGGAUCCUUUAGAAAGAAUAUCAGCACAUGAUGCUUUAAGCCAUCCAUGGUUUAGAACCCAUCCUUUACCUGAACCUAUUCAACAAAGAUGUAACAUUAAAGCUGCUCAUAGUUUUAUGACAAAAAGUUAUAAAAAAAGAGAUGCUCCAAAAGUUAAUUUAAAAAAAAAAAUACAAGAAAAUUUUAGAUUUAUGAAUGUUGGAAAAUAUAGAAAAAUGUAUUUUAUGAAUAAGUAUAGCGGCAACAUUCCUCAACAGUUGGCUUCUCAGCUAGCCCAUUCUCUUCCGCCAGAUACCGAACCCCAAGGAAUAAAAAACAAAUACGCUUCAAACGAAGUUGAACCCAAAAUUGGAAAAGAAACCAAAACUGGAAAAGAAAACAAAAUAGAUAAUAUAACUCGGAUACAGGAGAAUAUCCAAACAGAUCAAGCCAAUGCUAAAAUAUUGCCUAAUUCUGCAGACUAUUUUGAAAAAAAAAAUAUAAAAAAAAAUAAUAACAUUCCAGAUACAGAAAUAAUUAGUAAAGAAGAUGGAUGUGGAUACAGCAAAUAUGAUAAAAGUUCACAAAAUGAAUAUGAAAAUAAAUAUAAAAAUAUAGAUAAGCAAAAUAAAUAUAUGAAUAAAUAUCAAAAUGAUAACAAAAAAUAUUAUAAUGAACCAGAAAAGAAAAAGCCAUCUGAUGAUUAUAGACCUGGCUAUGAAUCUAAUAGCCAAUGGGGGAAAGGAAGUUACAUAAUUAAAGACAGACGAAGUAGGGAAAGGCGAAGCAGAGAAAGGCGAAGUAGAGAAAGGCGAAGUAGAGAAAGGCGAAGUAGAGAAAGGAGAAGUAGAGACUGCCGAAGCAGAAACAGACGAAGCAGAGAACGAAGAAGCAGGGACAGACGAAGCAGAGACAGAAGCAGGAACAGAAGCAGAGACAGAAGCAGAGAACGACGAAGUAGAGACAGUCGGAGUAGGGAAAGGAACUGGUAUAGAAAAGAAUAUUGGAAGAGAGAUGGAUAUAAAAAGGAUUAUCGAGAUAGAGACAGAAAUAAAUAUGACGGAAGAUAUGGAGAGAGAUAUGGGGAAAGAUAUGAUGAAAGAUAUGGAGAAAGAUAUGAUGAAAGAUAUGGAGAAAAAUAUGGAGAGAGAUAUGAUGGAAGACAUGAUGGAAGACAUGAUGGAAGACAUGAUGGAAGACAUGAGAGAAGACAUGACGGAAGAUAUGAUGAAAAAUAUGAUGGAAAACAUGACGGAAAACAUGACGGAAGAUAUGAUGAAAAAUAUGGAGAUCGAUAUCGAAGUGAAAAUAAAGAAAAAGAUAAAUGGAGAGGGAAAAAAAGAGAGUAUGAAAAAGAAGAUGAAUUAAAUAAGCCAGGAGAAUUAAAAAAGGAAAUAAAAGAAGAAAAAAAAAAAAAACAAAAAUUAAAUUCAGAAAAUAUCAAAGAUGAAAAAAAAUAA